AUGCCAGUGAAGGAAUCGAAGAAGUUGGUGAACCGGACAUGCCACGUGCUGGAGGAGCUGGGCAUGUCUGCCUUCCAAGACGCCUUGAAGAAUUGCAUCCGGCCUCAGCUGGAAGCCCAUGCCGACCAACUGGCCUCCUUGAAGGACACCCAGAGCCUCAGCGCCGCCCAGCGGCUCAGACAUCAGAUCCCGUCCUUGAGCCGGAGCCUUCAAGAGAUCGCCGAUGCCCUGGGCGCAGGCGGCGCUCCAUCGGCGCUGCAGCAGGCGCCCCCGGUCUCGGCCAAGGCCGAGGAGCUGCUGCGGCUGGUGAUGCGGCUCUUCGCCGCGCACGCGCAGGACUCUGGCUACCGUGGAAUCAUUUUUGUGGAGCAGGUGACGCUCACCUUGCCCUUGGCGCAUCUCAUCACGUCUCGCCUCGGCGGAAACGGCGGGCCCUCGGCCGCGGCCAUCUCGGGCGGCGGGUCGAUGACCGAGAGCGUACGCUCCAAGCAGAUGGAGGAGUUCCGGCGUGGUCAGGUACAGGUCCUGGUGUGUACCAAUGCCCUGGAAGAGGGCGUCGAUGUCUCGGAUUGCGCCUUCGUGAUUCGAUUCAACAAGUUCCACACCACCAAGAGUCAUAUCCAGGGCAGCGGCCGAGCGCGCAAGGAAAACGCCGAGAUCUACUACUUCGACAAUUGUCCGGAGAAUGAAGAGGAAAAGGCGCGGCGCUUGAACCAGGUGGCCAAGGAUGAGCAGCUCCAACUGAGCGCCCACGAGCUGCAGCAGCGGCGCAAGGACGGCAUCAAGCAGAAGGAAGGCGUUUAUCCCUUCUAUCCGCCCGGAGGCUCUGAAGUGAACUUCUUCAACGCGUUGCAGAUCGUCUAUGAGUACUGCGCCAAGACCAUGGGGCAAUCGAUCAACCCGGAGGAUCUCUUCACCUACACCGAGGAGGUCGUUUGCGUCUAUCCCAUGCAAACGCGGCGGAUGGUCUCGGAAGUGAAGUACCCCACACCACUGGGUUUUCAGCCCGUGAGCAUCCAAGAGAUCAACGAGCACUGGAGAGAUGUGAAGCUGGAAGAGGUCUUAGACCCAGAUCGAACCAAGAGAUUGAAGCAUGAAGACAUGGAUAAGCGGCGAGCUCUCUUCGUCGUGGCCAUCCACAUGCAUCGGAAUCGGCUCUUGGACGCCAAGAACCAACCCAGCGCCGAGGCGCUGGCGGGCACCAAGUUGGCGUGCGAGGCGAUGCCCUUGAAACCAGGCAUCAAGAUGAAGACCACCAACUACACUGCUCCAGCUGCAGCUCCGGCACCCACUGCGCCCACCGCCGCGCCGGAGGAGAACUGCAAGGGGCGCUUGAACGAUUGGGCCUUGAAGAAAUGGAGAAAGCCGGCGGAUGAGCUGGUGACCUAUGCCACGGGGCCCACGCCCCAGGGCUUUGUGAGCACCGUCAAGGUGAUGCCCUUGGAGCAAAGCUUCAGCGGCGCAGCGGCCGCGAAGAAGAAGGACGCCGAGCAGCUGGCGGCCGCCGCAGCGCUCCGCGCGCUGGGCGCCUGA